AUGUCGGUGCCUACGAUUAACGAGAAUGAACCGAUGAGAAGUAGAGAUCAACCUGGUACGAGUCGAGCUUCCAGCAAGCCAAUGCCAACUAUGGCCCGUUUGAGCAAUCGGUUGAGUAGCAGUGUUGGAGAGGCACUUCUCGAAGUAGUGUCGGAUAAUGAAGAUGUCACCGACCUGGAUAUUGUGCGCCCUUUAACUGCAUGCGGUGGAGAUAGAUCCCUAUCAUAUCUGCAAUUUGUUCAUGAAAAUCAAGCAAGACGGAUGAAAUCCAGAAGCGAAUGGUUCCUAUCUCCAGUUACAAACUGCAAGAAAACCUCAUCAAAAUCAGUGGACUAUUUUGGAUCGGUUGCAAUUGAAGAGACGCCAUCCCCACUGCCGAUUCCAAAAUCAGCUAGAGCUCCUCUUCAGACAAGCUCCAAACCCAACGUGUCCAAUGUGUCUGAUGAAAGUGUUCCAACUCGAAGAAGAUCUCUGAAAAUGCAGAUGAGAGCAGCUGCCUUUGCAUCUAAUCCAAGUCAUUCUCUGGACUAUCAAGAAGUUGGAGCCCUGAAUCCACGUCUUAGAAGUCACACUUCUGUUGAAGAUGACACGUGGCUUACAGAUGUCGUUCCCCACGACGAGAUACCAAAGAAAAGACGAAGUCUGAAAAAGAAGUCUUCCACUCGGUUUUGA